CGUCGCUUGCCCCGCUGAUCGGAUGGCAUCGACUAUCAUCGCAGAAGGAUUGCUCCACAAAUCUCCGCAAGACGACAAGUCCUCUCUCAAGAGUUGGAAGACUCGGUGGUUUGUGUUGCGGCGGAAGGCUGAUGGUAAUCUUUUGUUCGAGUACUACGUGGAUAAAUCAAAGAAGAAGUGGAAGGGAGAGCUGGAAUUGUCGGGAAAUGUUGAAGUGAUGGUGGUGUCUGAUUAUGGACGAGGUUUCAAGUUUGUGUUUUGUGUUGUGACGUCGAGCAGGAGAAUGUUCUUAUCGGCUGAGUCGGAAAACGAUCGAGACAGUUGGAUUAAAGUGCUGGGCAGAAUGCUUAACCAAGCGAUACUCAUUCAACCAGCCAGCUAUGCAAGAAAGAGGCUUCCAAGCAAACUUUGUGAAACACCUUCGAACGCUACCUCUCCGAGUGCUCCUCCUAUGGCAUCUGCAUCACCGACUCCAACUCGUGCCCUACAUCCAGCCUAUUCCUCACCAGCAUUACAGACAGCUCCACCACCCAUCCCUCUGCCGAACGGAUGGGAGCGGAGACUAGAUCAAGCGGGUCGACCAUAUUAUAUUGAUCAUGUCACUCAAACAACUCAAUACGAAUAUCCUAUGAUGAGCCGAAGAAACACGCAACUUCGUCACUCGAUGUCAGAAUCGGCUGCUUCAUCUAGAGACAGCAGUUCACUGCGACAGCAACCUCUUGCUGCCAAUUUUCCAGACGUGGAGAAGAGAAAGCGGAAGGCACCUCCACCUCCAGGUUCUUCAAGCCCCGCGGAUAUCAAUCAACAUGCAAUCUUACAGAGAAGACAAACGAUCGACGUUGCUGCAGCUGUGGAUGGUGUGGGGUUUCCUGGUCAAGCUGAGUUGGUUGGCGGUCCGAUGCAUGGGCAAGUGCAUCCUCAGUCUCAUUUGGGCUACGCGUAUGUCUCUCCUCAGUCGCCAUUAGCCAAGCGACAAGGAGCUCCGGCUACGGGGGAUGGUGUGGGGUUUCCUGGUCAAGCUGAGUUGGUUGGCGGUCCGAUGCAUGGGCAAGUGCAUCCUCAGUCUCAUUUGGGCUACGCGUAUGUCUCUCCUCAGUCGCCGUUAGCCAAGCGACAAGGAGCUCCGGCUACGGGGUAUGUACCGAUGGAACCCGGAUCCUCCCCUCACAGAAAGCCACAAGAAGGUCAAAUGAAAUCUCCUGCUGGAGGCUACGUUUCCAUGGAAAGAGGACCCAUUUCUCCAAGCCAUUCCCAUGGAGGUCAAGCCCAAGCGACUCCCACCACAGGCUACGUAGCUAUGGAACGUGGACGUGGACCGAUGUCUCAAGGAAAGCCAGACAGUCAAGUACAACCUGCUCCACAUACAGGGUAUGCUAAUAUGGAACAUGGCAAGUCGCCAUCAAGUGCAGGAUGUCCGCCAUCUCCAUCUUCAACCCGUUACACUGCGCCUUACCCGAGUAACUAUAGACCAAUGCCUGCAAUGCCAUUUGUGAGGCCAUCGGCUCCACAUCUCGGUCCAUUACCUCCGGGAUGGGAGCAGCGAGUUGCUUCUACUGGAAGAGUCUAUUUCUUGAAUCAUUACUUUCGAACGACUCAGUAUGAAGACCCCCGAGUCCUACCGCCUGGAUGGGAGCAGAAGUUCGAUCAACAGAGAAGACCUUACUUUGUAGAUCAUGUUAACAAAGUCACGACGUAUGAUGAUCCUCGGCAGAAAAAGCAUGAAUCCGAAAAGCCACAACGAAAGGCUGACUUUUCUCAGUUGAAGGCUAGUCUGCAACCCUUUCAGGUGACAGCAGAAAACGUUGAGUUUACUAAGCAACUUGGUGAAGGUGCAUUUGGCGAGGUGUGGCUUGGAAGCGUCAGAGGUACAUACACUAAUCCCACAGGAAAGAUACAUGCAGCCAUAAAACUAAUGAAAGGCGACGCUCUCGGCGAUAUGGAAAGAGAAAUGGAAGAAUUUCUUCAGGAAGCCGAAGUCAUGUCCAGAUUCAAUCACCCAAACAUCAUCAGCCUUCUCGGCGUCCAAACAAAUAAAAUGCCCUACCUGAUCAUUUCAGAGUACAUGAAUAAAGGCGACUUGAAGGAGCUACUGAAGAAUGACAGAGUAAGUCGACGAUUCUGGCCGAUAAGAUUGAAGCUGGAGUGUGCCCUUCAGGCAGCAGAGGGACUUAAGUAUCUGGCCGUUGUCAAGUCGUUUGUUCAUCGUGAUGUGGCUGCUCGAAAUGUUCUCGUUCAUGCUGCUGAUGACAGUCAAGAGAAGCUGUUGUGUAAGAUAACGGAUUUUGGUCUCUCCAGGGAUGUAUACGAAUCUCAAUAUUACCGAUUUAAUAUCAAUGAAAAGAAGGCUCUCUUACCCGUCAAGUGGCUGGCAAUCGAAUCGAUGGAGGAUCAUAUUUACACACACAAGACAGACGUCUGGGGAUUUGGAGUUCUUCUGUGGGAAGUCUUCACCAUGGGCAUCAUACCCUAUCCAAGCGUCGACAAUCAUAACCUAUGGAAGGAGUUGAAGAAUGGUUUAAGACUCAGCAAACCAGAAGUCUGUCCUGGAAACAUAUAUGAUCUCAUAUUGGCGUGUACCUCAUUUUCUCCAGAAGCGAGACCAACGUUUACGAUGAUCUGUUCUCGUCUGCAAGAAGAAGUCGAAGUAUGUAAAAUGUUUGAAAGUUCCGUCUACUCCAAUACCGUCUCAUCCACCAGCAUGUAUGGCAACUUUGAUACCAAGAGUGCCCCAAAAGACACGCACACGUUUGCAGCAAAGGCUGUUCGGCUCACUCAGCGAUCGGCCGUUUCUGAUAUCAAGUCAGUGGAGGAGAUUGAUGGAAUGAAACGGGAAGUUGUUGAGGACUUGCUGCAUUGCAAUUUUGUUAGUUUUGAUACGCAUUCCAGUUUGGAGGAGUUGAGUGAGCAGUUGCGGAUGUUGUGGAUUAGGCAGCAACGUCCACCAUCAAGACGCUAACGUCUCAACUGCAACAUCUAGACAACAAACAUUAUAGUGUCUAACUUCUUGACUUAAUUUUCAUCUUUACCUUCACUACUUCAGGAUUUUAGCUACAAGUACUCAGUAGAUCAACUUUUUUCAAUAGAAAUUGUUAGCUCAUGGUUCGAAAUGUGUAUUUAAUAUCAAUAACUAAAGUAG